AAGAUCAUCACCAUGGGAAGCCCAACUGUUGGAGGUGGAGGUGGAUGGAUCACCAUCCCUUUCAUUAUAGCCACUAUGGCCGGAUUGACUUUAGCAGCCGGAGGAUGGAUCAAUAACCUGAUAGUUUACUUGAUUACCGAGUUUAACGUGGCGAGCAUCGAUGCCACUCAGAUCUUUAACGUCGUCAAUGGCUGCUCCGCCAUGUUUCCUAUCCUCGGAGCAAUCCUCGCUGACUCCUUUCUUGGCUGCUUCUCUGUUAUUUGGAUCUCUUCGUUUUUCUCAUUACUAGGGAUAAUACUUCUAACAUUAACUGCCACGGUUAACAACUUGAGACCUGUUCCAUGUGUGCAUGAUGAGUCGGCUUUGUGUGAAGGCCCGUCAAAGGUUCAAUAUGCAGUACUUUACGUUGCCAUCACUUUGGCCACCAUAGGAUUGGGAGGAACGCGGUUCACCUUGGCCACCAUGGGGGCAGACCAAUUGGAUAAACCUAAGCAACAACAGAGCUUCUUUAACUGGUUCAUCUUCACCUUGUACACUUCCUCUAUGGUGAGUGUCAUUGCCAUAGUAUAUGUACAAGACAAUGUUAGUUGGGGGCUAGGAUUUGGGCUCUGUGUAGCUGCUAAUUUGGUGGGCUUGGCCUUGUUCUUGCUCGGAGGUAGACUUUAUCGUCGAGUUAAGCCCCAGGGAAGUCCGUUCGCAGGUUUGGCUCGUGUUGUUGUGGCGGCUAUUAGAAAGAGACGAACAUCCGGCUCUUCUGAUUCAGAACGAUACUACAAUUUCAUGCACAAGCGCCCUCAAGAAGAAUUAGGAGCCGACCCUACUCCAUCAAGUUUCUUCAAAUUUCUAAAUAAGGCGGCUUUGAAAACAGAUGGAGAUGUGAACGCGGAUGGUUCAAUCGCGAACCCAUGGAAGCUGUGUACAGUCCAACAAGUUGAAGAUCUAAAGGUAUUAAUCAAGCUUUUUCCUUUAUGGUCCACUGGCAUAUUCCUAGCCACCCCAUUAGCCAUUCAAUCGAGUUUAGCCGUCUUACAAGCCUUAGCCAUGGACCGGCACCUUGGCCAUCAUUUCAAGAUCCCAGCCGGAUCCAUGUUCGUGUUCGUUCUCAUGUCCGUCUCCCUUACCAUAAUCCUACUCGACCGCCUCCUCUACCCACUAAUAAAACAUCUCAUAGGAAGGUCUACAACUCCCUUGGAGAGAAUUGGAGUUGGUCACUUUAUAAACGUGUUGAGCAUGGCGGUUUCAGCGUUGGUGGAGUCGAGGCGGCUCAAAGAAUCAGCCCUAAAGCCCAUGAGCAUGCCGGUUCUAUGGCUGGCUCCACAGCUGGUCUUAGCUGGGAUUGGAGAAGCAUUCCAUUUUCCGGGGAACUCAGGAUUGUAUUAUCAGGAGUUUCCCGAUUCAUUAAAGAGUACAGCCACUGCUGCUUUGGCCAUGUUUAUUGGGAUCGCGUUUUACCUAAGCACCGCGAUAGUGGGGGUUCUUCGGAGGUCCACCGAUUGGCUACCCGAUAACAUAGACCAAGGUAGGAUGGAUAUUGUUUUCUGGUUGUUGUUCGGGAUUGGGUUGCUUAAUUUCGGGUAUUACUUGGUUUGUGCCCACUUUUACAAAUAUAGAGUAUUAGAUGAUGAUACAACGGGUGAGGUCAUGAUCAAGAACAUUAAUGGUGAUCGUGAUGAUCAAGAUUCAGCAUGAUCAAUGAUCAUUGUCAGUCCCUUUAUUCAUGCAAAUAAUAUGGUAAAAUAAUCGAUGACUGUCGUAAUUAAGGGAAAUCUUGUAUAAUAAAUAUUUGAGUGUAAUUUACAAAAUAUAUA